GUAUCAGCAGCCUCGAUUGCAGUUUGGCCUAAAACAACAAUUUUUGUUACCACGAACGGAGGACUUUCACUUGGUUCUUGGUGGCUCAACAUUUAUUCUAUGAAUAUUCAUAGACUAUGCCUGUCUGUGUUCUAUGUGGUGAAGGCUCUUUUGAUGAGUUAGAUGGGCAAUAUUUUUGUAACAUUUGUGGAACGCAGUCCCAGGAGAUUAGAAAUGAAGUCCAGGUGCAAGAAAGCCUUGGCUAUGCCACAUUUGGACAGCAGAAGCAAAGAGAAAUCAAAGUGAAACGUAAAAAAUCCCAGCAUCAAGAAAAAUACCUUGGAAAGCCAUGGGUGACAUACGAGGCCUAUCAAUGUUUGUUGAAGGCACAGGUGAAGGCUCUUGUAGGCCUUGGGGUGAAGCCCGAAUUGAAGGACGUUGUACGGAAAAUAUGGUUUCGUUUUCUAAGUAAAAAGAGGAUUGCUUUUACUGGAAGCCAUGAAAAUGGUCCGUUGUUUCAUGAGAAGCCAACCAAAAGGAGGGACCAUUUUCUCAAUGAAGUACAUAAGAAGGCUUUGGGUAUUUUAAAAGACGAUCUGGUGACAGAGGAAUGCCAACAAUCAGAUACACAUCGAUCAAGGAGAAAAAAGAGGAAAAUAAACGAAGAUUGGAUGUUUGAGAAUGAAGGUUACCUAGACAGCAGUUCAAGUGGCUCGGAGCUUGGAGACUCCCAGUCAAGUGAGACAAGCAAUAGCGAUGAAGAGAAAGAACAUAUUGGAUCACUGCGCUACAAGAACGACUUAAGUACAAACGAGUGGCAUCACAUGCAGCAGAAAGUCACGGUCGUGAUCAUCCAUAUUGCUCUGAUGUACAUGAAAGAGCCUAUCACUGUUGCUGAUCUGUUGAGGUUGAUUGCGAGAGGACACAUUCCGUAUAACAGACUGUCCAAGAUUCUCCCAAGCCAUAUGAAGUUUUCCUAUGAAGAUAUGUGGACCUUUGCAAGUCGCCCUGUAAAAGUAUUGAAGAUUCACCAAGGAACAAACUUCUUGAUGAACAAUCUUGACCUCCCACCUGUUCCUAAACCAGAUUUCUUCGUAUUUGUUGCUAGAAUCGUUCUUGAUCUUCAGUUACCUGCUGCGAUUCAUCGGCUGGCGGUCUCGUUGAUAAAUGCCUGUGAAUACAAACCACGUACUGAUUUUAAGUUUCAACGCAACGCAAAUUGCAAUGAGUACUAUGAUGAAAUGGCAAGUGCAUUCAUAAUAGUCGCGUUAAAGCUUGUCUACGGCCUAGACGGGGAUACAGAGAGAUCUGGACGAAUCAUUGAAAAGUUCCUUGAUGUUCCACGUGAAACUUUGGAAUGUUGGAAUUGUAUAGCGCUACGCCUUGAGAAGAAGAAAUCACUAGACGUUCAGAACAAUUACACAAGCUGUGAGAAAGAUCUGUCUUACAUAGGCGAUUGCAGAAACUAUGCACGUUACUGUUCAGAAGUGAUAUAUAAAGAUGAAAUUGGGGAUUUUGUCAGUAAAAUUAAGGAUGGCAACGUUUUAUUACGGUUGAAAGCUUGCACCAACCGAGCCAAGAAAGAGUAUGCAGAAAUUUUCAACCGCACUGUUGAUAGCUUAGAAAAAGGCAAGCAAGUAAAGUUUGAAAGACCAUCUGCAAGCAGUUUUGUUUUUGAGCCCAUUACUUUAGAUGAAGAGGAAUAUAUCGCAAAUGUUUCCUGUAAAUGUAGCAAACCAGAUUUGAAGACGAAAAGAAAAACUAACUCACCAGUGAAAGAUAAUAAGAGUUCUUACUUGAUUUAUUAUGAUGACUUAAUGGGACUCAGAUUUCACGAUUGGUAUCGGUUUUUACUAGACAUUUGUGCAAGAAGAAUACUGCUCACGAUGUCGGAGCUUCAGGAGUUUGUGGCUUUCGUUGAAUCUAUUUUGUUUGUUGACUAGACUGCUGGCCUACAUGGCAUGUCCUUUACGUAGAUCGUUAAUUUUUAAUUUUCUAGUGCAAAGUUACUAAAGAAGGUGGCACUUGAGUUUCGUUCUAGUGUAAUGUUUAGACCUACUCUGACACCUUUGAAUCACGCAGCCAUAGCCAAUUUUUGGUUUUAAAUGCAUUUUCGUACAUCAUAAAUGCACUUCAAAUGGAAAGUAGCCGUUUAAUUCGUGACCCUCACAAGUGUGCCUAUAUCCGUGUAGCAACGAGUUUUGUUAAACUAUUAGGCAACUGUAACUGAUUUGAGAUGGUUUGUUGUAGAUUUUGAAGCAAAUUUUAUUGAGAAAAAUCGA